AUGGCUGCUAAGAACAACAUGGAAUAUGUCCGGCACUAUCCAAGUCUUGGAAAUUCUGGCCCCAGGAUCUCCAAAAUUAACGUCGGUGCCAUGUCUUUUGGUCCCAAAAAGUGGCAAGAGCGGGUUCUUGAGGAAGACGAGGCACUUUCCCUUAUUAAACACGCAUACAAGGGCGGUAUAAACACUUUUGAUACGGCCGAUAUCUAUUCUCACGGUGUAUCCGAGGAAAUCGUGGGCAAGGCGUUGAAGAAAUACUCGAUCCCUCGCCAUCUCGUAGUUAUCAUGACCAAAUGUUAUUUUGGCGUGGACAAUAACGGCAAAAUGCUUCCAAUUCUCUUCUGUGGACGCAAUUAUGGUGACUGGGUCAACCGGGUCGGACACUCUCGCAAGCAUAUAUUUGAUGCUGUCGAUGCUAGCAUUGAGAGAUCGCGCACAUAUAUUGAUGUCCUCUAA